AUGUUCUUGUCCACCUGCAGACCAGAACUCAAACCCCUCCUCCGUUUCCCUCCCCUCCUCAACCACGUCCACAGCGCAUCCCUGUCUCUCCCGCCACGCCCUUCCCUCGCCCAAAUCAAGCAGGCCCACGCCCGCAUCAUCGUCCUCUCCGGCCACCCCGCCGCCGCCGCCGUCGGGACCAAGAACCGCCUCCUGGGCGACCUCCUCCUCCGCCUCUCCCUCGCCCCGCCGCCGACCCCUCUUCGCUAUCCUCUCGCCCUCUACCGCAGCAUCGACCCCCCGUCGGUCUUCGCCUCGAAUAACGUGAUCCGUUGCCUCGCCCGGAGCGAUCUCCCUCUCGGGUCGGUCUCCGUCUACGCGUCGAUGCGGCGGCGGCGGGUGAGACCCAACGAGCAUACCUUCACUUUCGUGCUGCAGGCUUGCGGGAAGGGCGUGGGCUUGUUCGAAGGGAGGCAGGUCCACGGUCAUGCCGUGAAGCUCUGUUUUUGCGGGGAUCUGUACGUGAGGAACGCUUUGGUUCACCUGUAUUGCGCUUGCUCUGAAAUGGGCGCUGCGGGGAGGUUGUUCGACGAGCUCCCUGGUUGCAGAGACGUCGUCACGUGGAAUUCGAUGGUGGCGGGAUACGCGAGAGAUGCGCAGAUUGACGUUGCUAAGCAACUUUUUGAUGAAAUGCCCAAGAGAGAUGUUGUUUCUUGGACUGCUUUGAUAUCUGGCUACGUUCAAAAUGGUGAGCUGGAAAGGGGAUUAGAGUGUUUUAUGGAGAUGAGAGAGUGCGGUCUGAUGCCUAAUGAGGCCAUCUUGGUCUCAGUGCUCUCGGCUUCAGCUCAACUGGGCUUGCUUGAGCACGGUCGGUUCGUACAUUCAGUCGUAAGCUCGUUAAAUCUCCCAGUUACAGUCUCUCUUGGGACCGCUCUGGUCGAUAUGUAUGCAAAAUGCGGAAGCAUCGAACUGUCUAGACUCGUGUUCGAUGAAAUGCCACGAAAAAACAUUUGGUCGUGGAAUGCCAUGAUUUGUGGAUUGGCCUCCCAUGGCCUUGGAAAGGAAGCUCUCGCGCUCUUCGAAGGAUUCUUAUCUGUAGGUCUCCAACCAGCGAGUGUGACUUUUGUGGGGGUCUUAAACGCUUGUAGUCGAUCAGGUCUGGUUAGGGAAGGUAGGCAAUAUUACAAGUUGAUGACAGAGAAAUAUGGAAUCGAACCUGAGAUGGAACAUUAUGGAUGCAUGGUCGAUCUCCUAAGUCGUGCAGGUCACAUUUAUGAAGCUGUGGAUUUGAUUGAAAACAUGAAAGUUUCAGCAGAUCCAGUCUUAUGGGCGACAUUGCUCGGCACCUGUAAAGUCCAUGGCUUAGUAGAACUAGGUGAAAAGAUAGGGAGCAAACUUGUAAACUUGGAUCCCACCCAUGAGGGGCAUUAUGUGCAACUAUCAAACAUAUAUGCUAAGGCAAGCAAAUGGGCAGAUGUAAUUAGAGUCCGAAGACUAAUGGCUGAGCGAAAUGCCAAUAAAGUUGCUGGUUGGAGCUUGAUUGAAGCGCAGGGGAGAGUACAUAGAUUUGUUGCUGGGGAUAGACAGCACGAACUUGCAUCAGAGAUUUACAGGAUGCUUGAAAUUAUCGAAGCACGAAUCACAGAAGCUGGGUAUUCACCUGACGUUUCAUCAGUUUUGCAUGACAUUGGAGUGGAAGAGAAGGAAAAUGCAAUCAAGGUGCAUAGCGAGAGGUUGGCAAUUGCUUUUGGAUUGUUAGUUGCAAAAGAUGGUGAUUGCAUUCGGAUCGUGAAGAACUUGAGGGUUUGUGCGGAUUGUCAUGAGGUGACCAAGGUGAUCUCGCAGGUCUUUGGGAGGGAUAUGGCCUACGCGCUACAACAACUUAAAAGCCUCGUGGGUUCCCAAGUGAUGGAGCAAAUUCGUGGGGGUCCUGCACCAGCUCAGUUGAAAGCGUGCAGCCUAGUUCCACUAGAAAAGAAUGAAGUAGAGGGUGUCCAAGAAGUUGUAAGCGUGGAUCAUAACGAGUGGUAA